GGUCAGCCAGGCCCCGGCAGCCGUGGAGGGGAUUAUGUUAUUAGCGACAAGGCCAGGGAUUAAGGGUGACAUCCAAGAAGGCGGAGGGGGUCCCACCCUCGCCUGCUGAUCGCCAGGAGCCCCCUCCUGCCGUCACAGCACUGGCUGGAAGUUCCGCCAGCCAUCAACGGGCAAAGAGCCACGUCUUGGAGCAAGCCGGCGUCCAAGCCCCUGCGGGGGUGGGUGCCCACGGCUCUCUGGCAGGUCGGGCUGCGCUGGGGAGCUGCGUUCCCAGGCUCUCGCCUGCCUUUAUCAGCCCCCCUAACUCCUAGUGUCAGGCCGGGGCUCGCAGCCUCUGUAGUGCUCGCUGCUGAGGAGCCGGUGUAGCGCCUGGCCCAGGCUAGAUCAGCAGCAGGGGAGCUGGCUGACUGCAAAUCUCUGGCUGCCAAGGGAGCCCGGAGCGCAAAGGGGCUGGAUGGAAGGAGACGAUUCUCCUCCAGUCUGGGCAAGCGGCUAGCUCUGCAGAUCGGGGGUGGGGGGGGGUCUCCUCCGGUGCCGGCCCGCUUCCCCCGGCCGCUGCUGCAGUUCGCAGGCGGCGAGGGGAAAUGAGAGCAGCGAAUCUGGGGAAGGAGAAGUGAGUGUGUCUGCUGGGGGCGGGAGGGGGCGAACCCCGGCCCAGCUGCGCUCUCCAGCCGCGCCCGGGGCAUUCGGGACUGAGCAGCGCGGCGGGGCUGGCAGCCGCCGCGUGUCCUGCUGGGCGGCGAAUCGUUCCGCCUCCGAGGGGCUGCGGCGAACCCUGCACCUGCGGGAAGAGCUCGCCUGGCUCAACCCCAGCCCGGGCGCCAGCCAUGCAAGCGGCCACCGCCUCCGGGCUGGAUGUCUCGAGGACGGGCGGGCCCCGAGAGGACGGGCGCAAUGCCCCGAAUAACUACACAGGGCACUGUAGCCAAAUCUUUCCCCCUCAGCUUGGCACGCUACAGAUUAUUCAUGGUGAUGGCACCGCCGUCGGAACGGUGAUAACAUUCCAGUGCUCCGCUCAGCACCUGCUUGUGGGACAGGGACUCGUAACCUGCAUAUGGAAGGGAGACAGUACACAGUGGACUGCUGGAGUUCCCUCAUGCAAACCCAUAUCGAAAUAUGAGGCUUUUGGAUUUAAAGUAGCAGUGAUUGCCUCCAUUGUGAGCUGUGCCAUCAUCCUGCUGAUGUCUAUGGCUUUUUUGACCUGUUGUCUCAUCAAGUGUGUUAAGAAAAAUGAAAGGAGGAGAACUGAAAGGGAUAUGCAACUGUGGUACCAGCUCAGAAGUGAAGAACUGGAAAACAUGCAAGCUGCUUAUUUUGGAUUUAAAGGCAGAAAUAACAACAAUAAUAAACCCUUCAGGAAUAAACCAGUAUUUGAUGAUGGGACUAACCUGGCAUAUGACAAUGAAGGCUUCUGCAGAUUCCACCAAGAAUGGACUAGGGACAUCGCAGCUUCUGCGUGUUGCAGAGAAAAUGACUGUCAGCCCAAGUUCAACACAAGCGAUAGUGCACCUAUUAAACAAUUACUGCCAGAACAUAACGUUCCAAUACAUACAGUGAGUACAAUACAUGUUGCUGAGGUCUAUAGACAUGAUAAGGAUAUUUAUAAGAAACCCGUCUCUCGUAUACCUGGAUAAUCAAUGUCAGAAACAAAUAAUUUGCUGUGUUGGACCAAAAUGAAAUAUGGUUAGAAAUAUGUGCCUUAAAGACUGUGUAGAAAACUACUUAAUUAUUCUUAUGAAUCUGAAAAUUUUAUACAUCAAGAUUAUUUUAAAAUGCUUCCAGAUUUAACUUAAAUAAAAUAAUGAAUGUUGAUGCUUACAAUAAGUAGCCAUUCUCUACAAAGUGCUAAAUAUCAUGGCAAGAAUAUAAUAUUCUCCUGUACAUACCAUAGAGAGAAAUGGUAACCAUUUGUAUAUUUGCUUCAUGUAAAGUCUCUGACAACAACUACACGUUCAUAUGACUGCAAACUUCUUUUAACCUGCGUUCUUUUUGUAACCAUGCCAGAAAAAAAACGUAUUUUUGCACACUAGUCUGAGAAUUACAAUAAAGAUUUCUUUUUAAUGAAAAA